AUGAGUGUGGAAAGGUCCGACCGCUACAACUCUGUGUCAUUAUUAGAGGAGGAUCGUCGCCACGCCAAGAUGCCGGCUCUCGGCAACGGCUUCGGAAGUACCAAGAUCCAAACCCGGCGAAAGCCACACCUACGCUUCGUCAACAAAACGGGUCAGUGCAACGUCAGCUUCGCGCACAUGGAGGAGCAGUCGCAGCGCUACCUGGCUGACAUCUUCACCACCUGCGUGGACGUCCGUUGGCGCUGGAUGUUCUUCCUCUUCUCCCUGGCUUUCGUCAUGUCCUGGCUGGCGUUCGGUUUCAUCUUCUGGGUGAUCGCGCUCAUACACGGCGACUUCGAUCAGAACACGGACGAGGACUUCACGCCGUGCAUCAUGCAGGUCAACACCUUCGUGGCCGCCUUCCUGUUCUCGGUCGAGACCCAGACCACGAUCGGGUACGGCUUCCGCUGCGUGACGGAAGAGUGCCCGUUGGCGGUGGCCAUGGUCGUCAUGCAGUCCAUACUGAGCUGCAUCAUCGACGCUUUCAUGAUCGGCGCCAUCAUGGCCAAAAUGGCAAGACCCAAGAAGCGCGCGCAGACCUUGCUGUUCUCGCACAACGCCGUGAUCGCCAUGCGGGAUGGGAAGAUGUGCUUGAUGUGGCGCGUGGGAAACUUGCGCAAGAGUCACAUCGUCGAGGCUCACGUGCGGGCGCAGCUCAUCAAGCCGCGGGUGACGGAAGAAGGCGAGUUCAUCCCUUUCGAUCAGAUCGACAUCAACGUAGGGUAUGACAACGGCACCGAUCGCAUCUUCCUCGUCUCCCCUUUGACCAUCAUCCACGAGAUAAACGACGAGAGUCCACUGUAUGGAAUCAGCAAGCAGGACCUGGACAACUCUGACUUUGAGAUCGUGGUCAUCUUAGAGGGCAUGGUGGAAGCCACGGCCAUGACGGCUCAAGUCCGGAGCUCCUACCUGGCCAGCGAGAUCUUAUGGGGUCACCGCUUUGAGCCAGUCAUGUUCGAGGAGAAGAACCACUACAAGGUGGACUUUACACACUUUCACAAGACCUACGAGGUGCCCUCAACACCACGCUGCAGUGCCAAAGACAUCGAGGAGAGCAAGUCUUUGCACUCCAGUGCCAAUUUCUGUUAUGAGAACGAGCUGGCGCUCCUCAGCAAGGACGAAGAAGAAGAAGAGGAAGACAGAAGAGGAAACUUGGUCGCUGAGCUAGAAACUGUAUCACCCAUCCGGAACUCUGACCAGAGGUUGCACCAUAAAGAGUCCCAGCUGUAAUCCUGGACAUUCACCACUGGAGUCUUCGAUGUAGAUCCAGCGGUUUUCCUUUAGUUUCGGCUUUGCCCGGAUGAUGAAGAGUAAAGCAAGUGCCAAUUUGUAUCUUCGGACCUGCUAAGCUAGUGCCACGGCGUAGUCGAGGGCAGGCAAGUUCAUGACUGUCGCAACUGGAAGGCCUUCCUGUAGAAAAACUUGAAAUAGAAAUACCUGUUUCAUACUGUA